AUCUAUCUGCUAAAUAUUUUGUUGAUAAAAAGGCUUUAAGCGGAAGUAUUGUUGUUGUAAGUGUCAAUUCUAAUGCGUCAGCUGAUGAGAGCCAGUUAUUAAAAACUAUGCAUAAAGGAAAAAAAUAUUCUAUCAUGGUUAAAAACGCUUUCCGUCGACACGCUAACGCUUCACAUUUUCGAGAGAAAGCUAAAAAUUAUUUGCUUAUAUUAAAGAAGAAAUUCGAGCUCAUGAAUCACUUGGGACAAUUGAGUGGAUUACCGACUUGGAAUCCAUUAGCUAAAGCGAUAGUUUACUACAAGCUAAAGCCAAGAGAAAGUGGUUCAGAAAUAGCUAAAUCAUUUAUUAAUGAUCUCAGAAAAUAUAGAAUUCUUAAAAGUAUGGCAUUCAUAUAUAACCCAUUAAACGAAGAAGUAACUUCCUAUUCAUGGACCCCAUACACUGACAAAAAUUGCGCCGGAAAAUGUAACUCCGUGUACAUUUUAGACAAAUGCAGAAACAAUGAUAUAAAACAAUUGGAAGUUCAAAGGGAAAUGUUUCCAUUAGACUUAAAAGGAUGCCCUUUAAUAACCUACGCUGUUAUAUCUGAACCGUACGUGAUGCCUCCUGAAAGGAAAGUUUUGAACACAAUGUGGAACGAUGCUUAUGAAUUUCAAAAAGGCGGAGAGAUUAAUCUCGUGAAGAUUGUAAGUGAAUUCACAAACAUGAGCCUUGUUAUUCGAAUGUCGGAGAAACAGGAAAAUUGGGGGGAGAUUUACGCAAACGGCUCCGUGACUGGCGGAUACGGUGCCUUGCUAAACGACUCAGUGGAUCUUCUCUUUGGUAAUAUAGAAGUUACAAGAACUGCACGUAAAUUAUUUCAUCCCACGGUUAGUUACACUCAAGACGAGAUGACUUGGUGUGUACCAAAAGCGAAACAGGCCGCGACUUGGGACAAUUUAUUCAUAAUUUUUCAAUGGUCUACAUGGGUCGCAACUUUGAUGAGUGUUUUAGUAAUGGGUUUAAUUUUUCAUUUCUUGCAUUAUAGAGAAAAUCGGACGACACCGAUAUGGCCAACGAACUCAAUUUUAAUGACGUUUAGUAUGCUGCUUGGGUGGGGAGCUAAAUUUGAUCCAAAAUCGUCAGUGUUUCGCAUACUGAUUUUCGUUUGGCUCUGCUUUAGUUUAAACAUGGGGAUAUCGUACGAAUCAUUUCUAAGAAGCUUUCUAAUGCACCCACGAUUCGAAAAGCAGAUAAGCAGCGAAUCAGAUCUUAUUCAGUCUAGAAUUCCUUUGGGAGGCAGGGAGAUUUACCGAUCCUAUUUUGAGACUAAUAACGCAAGCUCGUUUUAUUUAUAUCGCAAAUAUAACUCGACAACGUUCUCCGAGGGGAUAAGACGAGCGGCUUUAGAUAGGAAUUUCGCCGUUGUUUCAUCGAAGAGGCAAGCAAAAUACAUAGAUCAGAAAUUAGGUAAAGGUGCGGCGUUGAUUUACUGCUUCCCCGAGAGCAAUAACCUCUACAAAUACGGUGUUGUUUUACUUGCUAGGAAAUGGUUUCCAAUGCUGGAAAGGUUUAAUAAUAUUAUACGAAGUGUUUCAGAGAACGGUCUAAUAGAUAAAUGGAACAAAGAACUAUUUAUACACAGCAUCAGCUCGGAUGGAACUAGCGCUAUACUCCCGUUAAGUAUUCAGCACUUGCUCGGGGCUUUUAUGCUGAUUGGAAUCUUAUAUACUCUUAGUAUAAUCGUAUUUAUAGCUGAAGUAGUUUUGGGUUAUUUCAAGAAGAAAAAGAAAUUCGAGAAACGUAAUGUAAAAAUCUGUAAACAGAAAGCAAUCUCUUAGAU